CCUAACCUUCUGUCUUUCACUCAAGCUACACUUAUUACAACGUCUUUCUAUCAUCUUCACCACAAGGAACAAGAUUUUUUUUCUAGCACCAGUGCCAUUUUGACCAAAGAGGAAGCCAACAAUGUCGAGCAUCAUUAAAGUGACACUGCUCCUGGCUGUCGUGGUCUGCAUCUCUGCAACCCAAAUGGAGGAAGGGCAGCAUUGUCUGUGUCAACGUGUCAGGAAUCAAUUUCCCCCAAAAUCUGAAAUAAAAGACAUCCAGAUCUACCCAGCAACCCCCUUCUGUGACAAAGUGGAGAUUGUUGUCACCAUGAACAAGGGCCUUCGCUUUUGCCUGAACCCCAAGUUAAAAGCAGUGAAAAGACUCAUGAAUAACAUCCUAAAGCAGAAGUCUUCUACAACAAACAGACCAACUGAAGUCACUUCAACUCAGGUCACCGCCACCGUCUGACUGUCUCUUUAACUCCAUGGAUCAAUAAGAGGCUCUGCUGACCUCUGACAAAUGCACCUUCAACCAAUGUAGAAAUACAAUGGAUUAAAUGUUAUUUCUAUUUAUCUUCUAUUUAUACUGACACUGUAUAUCUAUUCUAUUGUAUCUCCACCAGCUUGUUUAGAUAAAUAGAUGUAUUUGCUGUAA